AUGAUUCAUACGAUCGUGCAGUGUGUACUGUUUUUCCUUACCUUGUACUGCUACCGAGCCUGGCGUAACCGGCGAACAUGGCAGCUUCUGAAACGGCUUCCCGGUCCAGUUAACUUUCCGCUUAUCGGAUCCGUUUACAUCCUUCCCGGUACCAACACAACUUUGUACUUCCGGGUGUUGCUCGAUCUGACCCGUACGUAUGGGUCGCCCUACUGCGUUUGGCUUGGCCCAAUGCCGGUAGUCAUCGUAAGCAGUGCGGAACACGCCCGAAUCAUACUUUCCUCGCAAGCUUCCAUGGAAAAAGCAAGCUUCUAUCGUUUCACACCGUUACGCGGUAUCUUCUCGCUUCCGGUACACCAAUGGCGACCGCACCGAAAAGUGAUUCAACCGAGUUUCAAACUUUCCAUCUUGCAAAGCUUCAUUCCCGUGUUUGAGCAGAAGGCAAACGUGAUGGUUGAACGCCUGGCAACACAUGUAGAUGGAACGAAAUCGUUCGAUAUGUACCGUUACACCGCUCGUUGCACUCUGGAUAUGAUUUGUGCAACAACUCUUGGCACCGACAUGCACUUUCAGGAAGCGCCCACCUGCCGCUACUUGGAGCAUUUGGAACAGUAA